AUGUCUCGCACUGAAUCGGGCAGCUUUAAGCCGGUGGAAGAAGCUCAAAGCCAAGAUCUUCCAGGGCUGGAAAAGGACAUGAAGCCUUCAAGCGAGACAACUGCUCUUGAAGGAAAACAUGGACACCAAGAGUAUCUCGCAGCAGGAAAGCUUAAAGGCAAUAAAGCACUCAUCACCGGCGGAGACUCCGGCAUAGGCCGCUCCGUCGCCGUCCUCUUCGCCCGCGAAGGCUCCGACGUAUCAAUCGUCUACCUCCCCGAAGAAGAGGAAGACGCUCGCGAGACCAAGAAAAUGGUCGAAAAAGAAGGCAAGCAGUGCCUCCUCAUCCCAGGUAACCUCAUGGACAAUGAAACGUGCCGCAAGGCCGUCGAGCAGCACAUGGAGCGAUUCGGCGCACUGCAUGUGUUGGUCAACAAUGCCUCGAAGCAGAUCAUGUGCGAGGACAUUGCCAAGAUUGACCUGGAUAAUGUGGAGAGCACGUUUAGGAGCAAUAUUCUGCAAAUGUUUGCUAUGACGAAGUAUGCGGUGCCGCAUAUGGAAAAGGGCGGCUCCAUCAUCAACACGACGUCGACUGUUGCGUUCAGAGGCACUGCGGCAAUGGUAGAUUACGCAUCCACCAAGGGAGCCAUUACUUCAUUCACACAAUCGCUGGCAAAACAACUCAUGCCAAAGGGUAUUCGGGUGAACGCCGUGGCGCCUGGCCCGGUGCAUACGCCUCUGCAGCCUGCUUCGCGUCCGGCUGAGCAGAUGGAGGGCUUUGGAGCUAAAUCUGGGAUUGGGAGGCCUGGCCAGCCGAGCGAGAUUGCGCCGUCGUUCAUUUUCCUGGCUUCCAAGGAUGCUGAGCUGUAUUAUGGACAGAUUCUGCAUGCUUAUCCGCUGGGCGACUAG